CCUACCUACCUACCUACCUACCUAGGCACUACUCGGUUACUCCUACGUUGCCCAGUUCCCAUCGAGCAGUCCUCUCUUCGUCUGGUUGGAGAGAGAGAGAGUGUGUGUGUGUGUCUAAGCAUUCGCCAACCGCCCCGUCCGGUUUAAUUUCGUGGUACUGGGUGGCAUUGGUUCCUCCUUUAGUUCCCCCCCUCUCUCGGCCCACGACAACGCUUGCCCGAAGGCGGGUCGCCAAGUACAGUCCACACCUUAGUGAAGAGAGAUCCGAGGAUAGCCAGAUCGUUAUUUUCCUUCUGUCCCGCUCUUUACCCAGCAGCCUCCUGUCACUGGAUCUCGAGGUUGCUACGACUUCCGAGCAUGUUGUAGCGAGCGUCCGUCCGUCUAUCUACUCCUUGCGCCAAACUAAAUACCUCUCCAACACCCAUAGCAAAUCUCACUCAGAUCAUUAAUACAAGCAGUCAUAAUGUUUUCCAUAGAUAGGGCGAUGCUCCCGUCUUUGCCCACUCGGCGGGCUCUGAUCGUGGUUGAUCCCCAAAACGACUUCUUGGCUGAGGACGGUGCCCUACCGAUCCAGAUCCCCAUAGAUCUCCCGGAGCGGUUAGCGGGUCUGGUUACGGCGUUCCGCAAAGGCGGCGGCGAUAUCAUCUGGGCCUGCAGCCAGUUCGAGACGUCGCGGUCUGUAUUCGACGAACAAGUUCUCACCUUGGACCGAUCGGGCAACCCCCGCUCGCCAGAUCACGCACGAGGCCGUCGCCGGCAAGAGCCGCCGCAGACGGCAUCGCCUUCCGAGUGUGCGGAAGCCUUUCUGACGCAGGAGAGUGCAAAGGCGCCGAUUUGCGUCCGGCCGGGCACCUCCGGCAUAGAGAUGCACCCCAUCGUGAAGGAAGCCAUGGGAUCUAGGGACCACACGAUCGUCAAGUCGUACUACUCGGCCUUUCGAUCGGAGAACCUGCUUCGGGUGCUCCGGACGAGACUGGUCACGGAGCUCUUCAUCUGCGGGGCGAUGACGAACACCAGCAUCAUGGCUACCGCCGUCGAUGCCGCGAGCCACGGAUACACCAUCACCAUAGUCGACGACUGCUGCGGCUACCACAACGUGAUGCGGCACCGCGCUGCGCUCAAGCAGAUUUCGAACAUGACAGGCUGCGCCAUGCUCCCCGCAGAGACCGUCCUAGCGUCCUUCAAACCGAAGCCGAAAGUCUCGAGGAGGCCAGGCGAUAGGCCGGCAACUUCAAGCGGCAGGUAUCCUACCGUACGUCGCCCUGCCGGGGGGAAGGACGAUUCCCUUGCGUCCUCAACCUCACAAAUCCAAUCGUCGUUUGAAAACCUGUCGCUAAGUGCUAAGCGUGCAGACGAUGAUAAUCCCGACCUUCAAGCACCUGCGCCAGAUCCAGCACCAUCGCUUCAACCCCUGGUGAGACCUGUAGCGUUGACAGACGAGAAGAGCGGCAACGAAUCAGGGACGAGUUCCUCAGCCACAAAGCCCGGCGCGGCGAGCUCCGAAAAAUCUCAGAAGACUUUAGAAGAUGAUGAGUCACAAGGUAAAGGUGAACAGGAUAAUAAAGAUGACGCGCCAACCCCGGCGCGGGAUAAGAGGUCAUCACUGCCGAAUCCCCAGGGAGAUGAGAUUAUCACGAGCAACACAUCCGACGAGCCGCAAUCACCCGAGCAACGAGCCACGCUCACUCCGGACCCGCCCGUAAUUCAGAGCGACCAUACCAGUCCACCAGAAGAAAAGGACGAUCCCAGCACGCCAGAGGGGACCCCUAAACUGCCGGACGCGACAGGCCGAGCGCCUAGCGACGAAGGUACAAAGAGAGAAGAGGCGCCAGCAGAGACUCGAAAAACCGAAGUUGAAAACAGUGGCGCGAUGACCUCCCAUGACGCAAUUACCCCGAGCGAGAGCGGACCUCUCUGCGAAGGUGAUACAAAAGUCAUGUACGAGGUGCUGCCGUCGCCGUUAUCCGAGAAUAUCUUCGAACGAACAAGAGACGAGGUGCAGUGGCAGCGGAUGUCGCACCAGGGCGGUGAGGUACCCAGGCUUGUGGCUGUUCAGGGGCAGGUCGACGAGGAUGGCAGCAUGCCGAUCUACCGUCACCCGGCAGACGAAUCGCCGCCGCUGUUGCCAUUUUCCCCCACAGUACUGGAGAUCAAAAACGUAAUUGAGAAGCGGCUAGGUCACCCUCUCAAUCAUGUCCUCAUACAGUUCUACCGCGACGGCAAGGACUAUAUUUCGGAACAUAGCGACAAGACCCUCGACAUUGCUAGGGGUAGCUUUAUCGCGAACGUUAGCCUAGGGGCAGAGCGGACCAUGACAUUCCGUACCAAGCGACGGCCAAAAACGAAGGCCGAAACGGAGCUAGAAACCGCGCCCGAUGCGCCCAGACGACAGAUUGAACGAACACGCUUGCCUCACAACUCCCUCUGUAGAAUGGGGUUGGCUACCAAUAUGCGAUGGCUCCACGGUAUCCGCCAGGACAAGAGAAUGGAUCGCGAGAAAUCAGCCGAGGAACUGGCGUAUGGUGGCGGCCGCAUCUCAUUGACGUUCAGGCAGAUAGCAACGUUCCUGGACCGAGAGAGCAGGGUCAUAUGGGGGCAAGGUGCUACGGCGAAGACGAGGGAAGCUGCGAAGCCGGUGGUCAAUGGACAGACGCAGGAGGCCGUCAAGAUGUUGCAAGGGUUCGGCAGGGAGAACCAAUCGACCGAGUUCGACUGGGACGAGUUCUACGGCGGCGGGUUUGACGUGCUGCAUAUCUCUGCUUCCCCUCGGCUGUUCUUAUCGUCGGACCCCGUGGCGAACAUGCGCAUCCAGCUGAUGCUGGCCGAGUAUAAGGUCAACUACGCGAGAGGGAGUAUGUCGCCGCUCUUCCGCUGGAAGGAGGGAAAGCCCGCGAAGGAUCCCGGGACAAUCCCGAGUGACCUGCCCAUAAAAUUCGUCGACAACGAUUCCGCGAGGACGACUGUACAGGGCGAAGUCGCCAUCAUGUCAUACCUAGACCGCGCCUACAGCCAAGCCGGACAAGACAAGCUAUCUAGGGAGGACCAAGAAAAGCAAGCUGCUAGGUUCCAGCAGGGAAUAGACCUCUUAUCCAAGCGACGGGCCGAUCCGGAUGGCGAACGGAUUAAGCACGAACUGGCCAUCUGGGAGGGGUACGCUGCCGAGGGCAACGAUUUCAUCGCAGCGUCGACCAUGACGCUAGCUGACUUCGCAUUCUGGCCAGUCCUUCACGACAUCAUCGGGACGCCGGGGCAAUCCGAGUUUGCGGGCGACGGACAGACAUUCGAGAAUUUGAAAAGAUACCACGAGCGCAUCAAAACAAGGGGAUCGGGACAAAAGGUCUUGGCAGCCAGUGCGGAAUGCUCCCGAGAGAGAUCCGGUGGAGGUACCCCCGAGACCACUGCCCCUGCCCCUGCUUCUGCUUCCGCCCCUACCUCUCCGACUUCUGCCUAAUAGUGACAUUUUGGUCUGGGGUCUCAGGAAAGAAAGGCGAGGCUGAGGUUUGGUUAUUUUGAUUUUGCAUUAUAACGGGCAAGGGGGUGUACGUAAGAAGGGGCAUUUGCAUGGAUGAGCGCGCAUUGGUGUCUUUUUUUUUCUUUUUCGUUUGAGCAUAGCAUCGGAUGGGUGGGUAGCACGGUUGGGUCUAGUCGAUUUAUAUAAGACGGGAGGGGAGGAUGUGCACAGGGGCGGAAUUGGUGGUUCAGUAAUAAGGGGGAGUUAAGAAAUCAUAUCGUACAUCUCAGAGAGA